GUCCAAAUACAGCGAUGGUUGCCAUGGAGAUAGAAAGAACAGUGAGGGAUGAAUGAAAGGUGAAAUGUCAUCUUCAGUUUGCGUUGAACUUUGGUGUUACGAGACGAGUCGUUGCCUUCAUUUUUUCUGGUCUGGCAAAGUCAAAGUAGAGUAGUGGUUGAGUCUCCCCCCCGAGCAAUAGUAGUGUUGCUGCGAAACCAAAGACUACAUCAUGUCGUCGACCGUCGAGCAACAAAUUUCCAAGCGCCUUGACCAAGCGCACUUCGUGUCGACGUGCUACCUUGCAACAGUCGGUGUGGAUAGGAAUACCGCGAUUCUCGACCUGAAGACGUUCUUUGAUAAGAACCUAAAGGCGAAGAAGCUCGAGGCGUGUUACGGAAUUAGUCGCGAAUUUUCUGGUGCAGCAGGGGGGGCUCCUGCAUCUUCAGCUUCUGGUGACCAAACAACAGAGAACAUGCGCGCAUUCGGGUUGACUUUCACACUGAAAGAGCUCGAGGAAAAGAAAGCGGCGACGAAAGACCUGCAGCCGGUGAUGUUUGCUAUAGCCAAAGAAAAGUUUGUGAAGAAGCUGAAGGUAAAGAUCGUUCUCGUGGUGGUUGAAGUAUAUUCAUGAACGUCAUGUGGCACUGUGCGAAUUCGUUUUUUUUGUAUUAAUCAGAUCAUGUCGUGCGUCGUUCUUGAUGCUUAAAAUCGACGAGGCGCUAUUGUGACACCCCACAGACGUGAAAUUUUUCUCAGGCCGACAUCGCAGAUGAAUGGGCCAUGAUGGUGAAGAAGGUCAAGUUAGAAGACUUCGCAAAGCUCGGUUACUCCGCUGCGGGCCCGUCGCGGCCAAGAAAUCAGCCUCCCGUCUCUUUUUCCGAACUUGGUGGAGGAGGAACUUUACCCGCAAAGCCAACAGCCAUCUCUGGAGCAGCUGCUCCGAACGCGGCUGCAACAGGACUGUCUCAAUCUUCCUCGGUCCAGAAGCUCGCGGAUUCGGUCGGUGGGCAAAAUAGCGGAAACAAGAAUUUUUCUGCGGACAUGUCAAUGAAUCCGUCGACUUCCAACAAGCGCACGUUCGAGGAAGCUUUUGUGAAGCAGCAAUCCUCUUCGAACCUUCUAAGUUCCGUUCCGACACCAAAUCAGAAAGACACCAGCAAGCAGAACCUACCUUCGAUGUUUUCCACCAUGGCAAGUCAAUCCACGUCAAACAAUAAGCCAUGGUCUCCCCCUAAAGGAACGGCUGCGGCGAAUGGAAAUAAUGGUAGCAGUACUUCUGGCGGCGCAGGAGGAGCAUCUGUAGCUACGGCAACUGCCUCCGGUAGUGGCACCACUUCGUCUUCGGGUGCGGUACCAUCCGCACCGGCUUCAAAUAAAGCGGGUGGGUUGACCGAGGAGCAGAAGGCGCGGAUCGCGAAAAACAGGGAGGAAGCGUUAAGGAGGAAAGCGCUGAAACAACAGGCGGCAGCGGGGGGUGGAGCCGUCAGUGGUGCUGGAGCAGUUGCUGGUGUUGUGGCGCAAGGGUCAUGAAAAAGCAGCGCUUUUUAGUGCCUUCUCAUAUGGGGCAGCAAUGGUCCUCUCUUGAGCGACUCAGUAUUCCAAAGGAGAGGACGAUGGACAUGAAAAUAGUACAUGUCCUUGUACUCACGCGCAGGUAUUGAAAGCCAAACGCAGACUGACCGAAGUCAGUUGCUCCAGUUGUCGAACGGCGUCGUCGUGCUUUCGUUGUUACACCGUGGCUGUACUGGUUCACACACAGGUAGGUACUACUUGACAAACCGUUGGAGAGAGCCAGUAGCCCCGUUGGCGAACAAGAGCAGCGACCGAGAUGAUCUCUUCUUGCGUUUUUCCGAGCUGCGAUAAUUCUAUUGUGUAUGUAUGGCAAUGAGGGCUACAUGCAAGGUCGAGCCGCGCUUUAGUGCAGUUCUUGGGAGAGUCUAUUUUUAGUGAAGAAGUAGGAGAG